GGAACUCAGCGGGCGUCGCGCGAAGGCUGAAGGGAGCGUAGCAGUCGCCUCUCGGUAGUUACUGUGCGGCGGGCGGCACUGGGGUCGCGGAGAGCCGACAUGCCUCGGUACGCGCAGCUGGUCAUGGGCCCCGCAGGCAGCGGGAAGAGCACCUACUGUGCCACCAUGGUCCAGCACUGUGAAGCCCUCAAUCGGUCUGUCCAGGUUGUGAACCUCGAUCCUGCAGCAGAACACUUCAACUACUCUGUAAUGGCUGACAUCCGGGAACUGAUUGAGGUGGAUGACGUGAUGGAAGACCAUUCUCUGCGGUUUGGUCCCAAUGGAGGAUUGGUAUUCUGCAUGGAGUACUUUGCCAAUAAUUUUGAUUGGCUAGAAAACUGUCUUGGUCACGUAGAGGAUGACUACAUCCUUUUUGACUGUCCAGGUCAAAUCGAGUUGUACACACACCUGCCCGUGAUGAAGCAGCUGGUCCAGCAGCUAGAACAGUGGGAGUUCCGAGUCUGCGGAGUUUUUCUGGUUGAUUCUCAGUUCAUGGUGGAGUCGUUCAAGUUUAUUUCUGGCAUCUUGGCAGCCCUAAGUGCUAUGAUCUCUCUAGAAAUUCCACAAGUUAACAUCAUGACGAAAAUGGAUCUGCUGAGUAAGAAAGCUAAAAAGGAAAUUGAGAAGUUUCUAGAUCCAGACAUGUAUUCUUUAUUAAAUGAUUCUACAAGUGACCUAAGAAGCAAAAAAUUCAAAAAGUUGACUAAAGCCGUAUGUGGAUUGAUUGAUGACUACAGCAUGGUUCGGUUUUUGCCUUAUGAUCAGUCAGAUGAAGAAAGCAUGAACAUUGUCCUACAGCAUAUUGAUUUUGCCAUUCAGUAUGGAGAAGACUUGGAAUUUAAAGAACCAAAGGAACAUGAAGAUGAGUCUUCUUCUAUGUUUGAUGAAUAUUUUCAAGAACACCAGAAUGAAUAAAGAGUUUACUAAAAAUAACUAUAUAUAUCUGAAGAGCUUGUGGCUGAACCAGCAGAACAUUCUUCUCAAAGGAUGCAAUAGUAGAAAGCUACUUAUUUUAAUAAAAAAAGUAACGUUUGGCUUUUAUGAGCAGCACACCGGAAUCAAGUUCUUAGUUAUUCUGAAACUGCUGCUGUUGAAAGUAGAAUCUUUUAGUAUUAUUUUUACAGCAUCAACUUAGAUCUUAAAAGUUGAAAUUGAAAUAAAUGCACAUAGAUUUGAAUAUAAUAUAAAUUAGCACUUUUGGUACAGUUUAGACCAGUCUGCCUUUAUUUUUUCUGUUUGAUAUUUGUUAUUUUUGAAAACUUUUUGGAGGGGCAGGAAUUAUUAUAAUUAAAUAAAUAUAUGUGUGUCCAAAGGAAAAAGUCUGGAAGGAUAUAGGUAAGACCAUGUUUAUCUGUAUCUUUCAGUUUUUCUACAUUGAAUGUAUAAUUAAAAAAUGAAAGUAACUGUUUUAAGAUAUAUAUGUAUAUAAAUAAAAGAAACAGCACUAAC